AGAGGAGGGAGACGCAGACGCGCGGUGUGGGGAUUAUUUGGGCAGAGCGGCCGCAGACUCGGUGGAUGUUAUGCACAUUGAGGCAAACGGAGACUGUGAAAAGAGCCUGGUUCGAUCCAAUCUGCGAGUUUUUGUGUGUGUGUGGUUUUUUUUAAGCCCACAACAAAGACCCCGGCUCGUGGGACGCUGAUAUGGUUGUGAAAGCCUGUUCCUGUCGUCCGCUCGUACAGUGAGGCAGUGAGCUCACGGUGGAUACAGCAUGCAUGUGUCGACAUAUCCCAUGAUGCUCUCUGCCAGCCCGGGUCUGCUCCUCCUCAGCCUCCUCUUGCUCGCCGAUGCUGACUCACCUCCCAAAUUCACGCGGACCCCAGAAGACCAGACAGGAGUCCAGGGGGGCGUGGCCUCCUUUGUGUGCCAGGCCACCGGAGAACCACAACCCAAGAUUGUCUGGAACAAGAAAGGCAAAAAAGUCAGCAGCCAGAGAUUUGAGGUGAUUGAGUUCGACGAUGGCUCCGGCUCGGUGCUUAGAAUCCAGCCCCUGAGGACGCCCAGAGAUGAGGCCGUUUACGAAUGCCACGCCUCAAACUCUGCGGGAGAGUUAACCGCUACCACCCGCCUCAGCGUACUCCGAGAGGACCAGCUGCCUGCGGGGUUCCCCACAAUAGACAUGGGUCCCCAGCUCAAAGUGGUGGAGCGCUCUCGGACCGCCACCAUGCUCUGUGCUGCCAGCGGUAACCCUGACCCAGAAAUUACCUGGUUCAAGGACUUCCUGCCCGUCAACACAUCCAACAACAAUGGGCGUAUUAAGCAGCUCCGCUCAGGUGCACUCCAGAUCGAGAUGAGCGAGGAGUCAGACCAGGGCAAGUAUGAGUGUGUGGCCACCAACAGUGACGGCACACGCUACUCCACUCCAGCCAAUCUCUACGUCAGAGUACGACGAGUUCCACCCCGUUUCUCCAUUCCCCCCGCUGAUAGUGAAAUCAUGCCCGGAGGAAACGUCAACAUCACCUGCGUGGCUGUAGGCUCCCCCAUGCCGUACGUGAAAUGGAUGCUGGGGGCGGAAGACCUCACGCCGGAAGACGAUAUGCCGAUCGGACGCAACGUGCUGGAGCUCACCGAUGUGCGCCAGUCCAAUAACUACACGUGUGUGGCCAUGUCCACUCUGGGGGUCAUCGAGGCGGUGGCGCAGAUUAUUGUAAAAGCUCUCCCAAAGCCUCCGGGGAUCCCUGUAGUGACCGAGCGAACAGCAACCAGCAUCACCCUGACCUGGGACUCCGGCAACCCUGAGCCAGUGUCCUAUUACAUCAUACAGCAUCGUGCCAAAGGCUCAGAGGAUCCAUAUAAAGAGAUUGAUGGAAUCGCCACAACUCGCUACAGCGUGGGUGGCCUUAGCCCUUAUUCCCACUAUGAUUUCCGGGUGGCAGCUGUGAACACCAUCGGUCAGGGUCCCUCUAGUGACGUGGUGGAGGCGCGCACGGCGGAGCAAGCCCCCUCUUCUCCUCCACGACAGGUCAGAGGUCGUAUGUUGAGCACUACUACAGCCAUUAUUCACUGGGAUGAGCCCGAGGAGCCGAACGGGCAGGUCGUGGGCUACAGAGUGUACUACACCACGGACAACCUGCUGCCAGUCAAUCAGUGGGAGAAGCAGAUGGUGCGCAGUGCCAACUUCAUCACUAUCCAGAGUUUGACUCCUAACAAGACGUAUUACAUCAGGGUUCUGGCGUUCACAUCUGUGGGAGAUGGACCUCUGUCUCAGGACCUGCAGAUUAUUGCCAAGACUGGAGUUCCCUCUCAGCCCUCGGAGUUUAAAGGUGAAGCCAAAUCUGAGACCAGUAUCCUCCUGUCGUGGGUGGCGCCCCCUCAGGGAGGUCCUGACCACCAGAUCACCGGGUAUGAGCUGGUGUACCGACGAUCUGAUGAGACAGAAGAGAAGAAAGUCAGCUUUGAGCCAACCACUUCCUAUCUCCUCAAAAACCUGAAGCCGUUCUCCACCUACACUUUCCAACUGGCUGCCAAGAGUAAACAUGGAGUUGGAGCUUACACCAAUGAAGUGUCCAUAGACACGCCUCAGACGCUCCCUGCAGCACCUCCGCAGAAUAUCACAUGCACCAGCCCCAGUUCUACCAGCAUCCUGGUAAGUUGGGCGCCCCCACCUGUGGAGUUUCAGAACGGCAUUCUGUCCGGCUACACAAUCCAGUACUCCAACACCGAAGGCAACAAAACAUUCAAAACAAUCAAUGGAAUUUCACCGGAAAGUUCGUCCUUUCUUCUGGGAAGCCUGGAGAAAUGGACAGAGUAUGGGAUAACAGUGCGAGCGCAGACGGAAGCUGGUGACGGACCUGAAAGCUUACAACUGCUAAUUCGUACCGAGGAGGAUGUUCCAAGUGGCCCUCCUCGUUGGGUGGAGGCAGAGACAGUGAACGCCUCAGCUCUUAGGGUAAAAUGGCGUGCACCGGCCCCUGAGCGGCAGCAUGGUCAGAUAAGAGGCUACCAAGUUCACUAUGUGCAGAUGAACUAUGGAGAACCGCAGGGACAGCCCCUCAUCAAGGACAUCCUCACUGAAGAUACACAGUGGGGAUCUGAUGAGUCGACUGAAUAUGAGGUGGUUCUGGGAGACCUGAAGGCAGACACCUCGUACUCUGUGUCAGUGGGGGCUUACACCGCCAAGGGCGAUGGUGCACGGAGCAAACCUGUCAGUGUGUGCACUGCUUUGCCAUUGCCGGAGAUGCCCAAACUGAUGGUUAGUGCCACUGAGGCGGGCACAGCCCUCCUGCAGUGGUACCCGCCUCCAAACCCUCCCACUCCACUGCUCGGGUAUAGGCUCACUUUUGGUCGCAUUGAUGUCCUUCCUUUUACUGUGGUUGAGUUUCCAGCCAAAGAAAAUCGCUACACGGCUCAAGACAUUCAUAAAGGAGCAAGCUAUGUUUUCCGACUCUCUGCCCGCAACAAAAUGGGAUAUGGUGAGGAAGCAGUGAAGGAGGUGAGCACUCCAGAAGAUGCUCCGAGUGGAUAUCCAGAGAACAUUAUCGCCGAAGAAGCAGCUGCCACCUCUAUGCGACUCGCUUGGAAAACAGUUCCCCUCAUUGAACAAAAUGGCAAAAUCACAAAAUACUCUGUGCUGUAUAAGGACAUAAACAGUCGAGGCAAUGCCUCUGAAGCGGAGGUGCUCUCCCCAAAGUGCAGUGUGGUUUUGGAGGGUCUUACUCCAGACACAGUGUUUGAAGUCAGAGUGAGCGCAUUCACAAAUGUGGGCCAAGGGCCUUACAGCCCCAGUGUCCAGUUUCGGACGCAGCGGCUAGACCAAGUUUUUGCCACCAAUUUCCGAGUGAAAGCUGCCAUGAAAAACUCUGUGCUUCUUUCCUGGGAAAUCCGAGAUAAAAACCCCGUCCAGCCAUUUACUAUCCUGUAUGGGAAGGGCCAGUCUGUGGAAGUGGACGGGAAGCAGACUCAGAAGCUGAUCACUGGUCUGGAGCCGGACACACAGUACUCGUUCCUGCUCACAAACCGAGCCAACAGCGCUGGAGGCCUGCAGCACCGCGUCACCGCCACGACGGCCCCAGACCUGCUCAAGACCAAACCAACGGUGGUGGGUAAAACCAAUGCAGACGGUAUGGUGACCGUGCAGCUGCCGACCGUCCAGACCACUGCUAAAGUCAGGGGCUACUAUGUUGUGGUGGUGCCAUUGAAGAGACAGAGAGGAGGCAAGUUUCUCAAUCCGUGGGACGAACCAGAUCAGAUGAACUUAGAUGAGUUGCUGAAAGAAAUCAACAGAACAAGCGUGAGCCGCGCGCUUCGUAUCCGCAGACAAGCGAGCCAGUCAGAUCCCAGAGCGUACGUCUCCGCGCACUUCAAAACCCUCCCCCCUGAGUUCACCUUAGGAGAUGGGCGAAACUACGGCGACUUCCGCAACCGACCUCUGCAGAACGGGCAGGAGUAUGUCUUCUUUGUGCUGGCGCUGCUCGACCUCUCAGAAAACACCAUGUUUUCGACAAGCCCAUACUCCGACCCCGUUACCUCGUCAGACGUGGAUCCUCAGCCAAUCAUAGACGAGGAGGAGGGGCUUCUGUGGGUGGUCGGGCCAGUACUAGCCGUCAUCUUCAUUGUUUGCAUCGUCAUUGCCAUUUUACUCUUCAAAAGCAAACCUGACAGGAAAAGGGCUGAGGCUGAGGGCAGGAAGGCUAGUUUUCCCUGCAGCAAAGCGAUGUCAUCCCAUCAUCCCACUGAUCCCGUAGAGCUGCGGAGGAUCAACUUCCAGACUCCAGCCUACCGUGUGUCUGUGUACCGUGGUUAUCGGCGACUGUCAAGCAUGGCGAGCCACCCUCCCGUCUCCCUCUCUGAGCUCGCAGAUCACAUCGAGCGCCUGAAGGCAAACGACAAUCUUAAGUUCUCACAAGAGUAUGAGUCUGUGGACCCUGGGCAGCAGUUCACAUGGGAGAACUCAAACUUGGAGGUGAACAAACCAAAGAACCGCUACGCUAACGUCAUUGCCUACGAUCACUCCAGGGUCAUACUCUCCAGCAUCGAGGGUGUCACGGGCAGCGACUACAUCAAUGCUAACUAUAUUGAUGGUUAUCGCCGUCAAAAUGCCUACAUCGCCACUCAGGGCCCCCUCCCAGAAUCCUUCGGAGACUUCUGGAGGAUGGUGUGGGAGCAGCACACAGCCAACAUUAUCAUGAUGACUAAGCUGGAAGAAAAAUCCAGGGUGAAGUGUGACCAGUACUGGCCGACGCGGGGGACAGAGACCUACGGCCUGAUCCAGGUCACUCUGCUGGACACAGUGGAGCUGGCCACAUACUCCGUGAGGACCUUCGCUCUGUACAAGAGUGGCUCCAACGAGAAGCGUGAAGUGCGUCAUUUCCAGUUUACAGCUUGGCCUGACCACGGGGUGCCCGAACAUCCGACUCCCUUUUUGGCCUUUCUGCGCCGGGUCAAAGCCUGCAACCCUCCCGACGCUGGGCCUAUGGUUGUUCAUUGCAGCGCCGGAGUGGGCCGCACCGGUUGCUUCAUCGUCAUCGACGCCAUGACGGAGAGGAUCAAACACGAGAAGACCAUCGACAUCUACGGUCACGUGACUCUGAUGCGAUCCCAGAGGAACUACAUGGUGCAGACGGAGGACCAGUACAUCUUCAUCCACGACGCGCUGCUGGAGGCGGUGACCUGCGGCAACACCGAGGUCCCUGCGCGAAACCUCUACUCCUACAUUCAAAGGCUGACGCAGAUCGAGCCCGGGGAGAACGUCACCGGCAUGGAGGUCGAGUUUAAGCGUUUAGCCAGUGCCAAGGCCCACACUUCCCGGUUCGUGAGUGCCAACCUGCCAUGCAACAAAUUUAAGAACCGCCUGGUCAACAUCAUGCCCUACGAGACCACGCGCGUUUGUCUGCAGCCAAUCAGAGGCGUCGAAGGGUCUGACUAUAUCAAUGCCAGCUUUAUUGAUGGAUACAGGCAACAGAAGGCCUACAUCGCAACUCAAGGUCCAUUGGCGGAGACCACAGAGGACUACUGGAGGAUGCUGUGGGAACACAACUCAACCAUCGUCGUCAUGCUCACUAAACUGAGGGAAAUGGGACGGGAAAAGUGUCAUCAGUACUGGCCCGCAGAGCGCUCAGCCCGGUACCAGUACUUCGUGGUGGACCCCAUGGCAGAGUACAACAUGCCCCAGUACAUCCUCCGGGAGUUCAAGGUCACAGACGCCAGGGACGGCCAAUCGCGAACAGUCCGUCAGUUCCAGUUCACUGAUUGGCCGGAGCAGGGAGUGCCAAAGUCGGGGGAGGGCUUUAUUGAUUUCAUUGGACAGGUGCAUAAAACCAAGGAGCAGUUUGGUCAGGAUGGUCCUAUAACGGUUCACUGCAGCGCGGGCGUCGGGAGGACAGGUGUUUUCAUCACUCUUAGCAUAGUCCUGGAGAGGAUGAGGUACGAGGGGGUGGUGGACAUCUUUCAGACAGUGAAGAUGCUGCGCACUCAAAGACCAGCCACCGUCCAGACAGAGGACCAGUACCAGUUCUGCUACAGGGCCAGUCUGGAGUAUCUGGGAAGCUUUGAUCACUAUGCAACAUAAAAACCAGUGGCUGUCUCUUAUCACAUCCCCACCUAGUGCACUUCUCUAAGGUCACUCCUGCCUCAUGUAAAUGCACUAGGCCGCGAUGUGUCUUUGAAGAUACCGCCACCACAUGCAGAGUGAAGAAGGGACCAUCGGCCUAUCCCGUACCCAGAAACAGCACUUCUAACUGAGCCAUAGCAACUUAAACGACGACGAGGGUGCACUCCUGCGCGCCCUGUGCCCAAAACACACUCCCUCAUUUGUCAGCCUGGAGAAGAAACUCCGAAUGCUUAAUCAAAUCUAAUUUUUGUGAGCACUGAAAUCGCUUUACAUUGUUUUGGGGAGUGGAACUGUCACCUUGUCCAACACCAGUGUAGCAUCACUAACCUACAACAGAAGCCAACAGAGCGUUUGGCUGUCACAGGGGACGGAGAACGACCAGGAAUCCAGCUUAACGGCGGCGGCGUGGACUGAGAGAACUGGGACUUUUGAGCCUCAGAGUUUUGCCAACCGGAGCCUGAACACAGAGCACACAGUAUUAAAGACACCAAUAGUGUUUUUUCCUAUGUUUGGAAACAGACUUUUGUUUCCCGUGAAUGAAAAAGAAGAUAUAUGUAUUUCUACCAUACAGUAAUAAAAGACACCAGUUCAACCUUAUGCUUCACUAUUAGAUAAGGGAAAUCUGAAAGAGGUUUAAAACGUAUACCACAGAGUAAAGCAUUAAUUUAGUUUUUUAGACAAUAAUAUAGAGAUGUGAUUAUCUUGUUUUUUUAACUGGGUAUUAUUCAUGGCAUGUUCCUCCUUUUUAGCUGAUUUGGGGGCUUUUGUACAAGACUUUGUCCUCACCGACUAUAACCAGACGAGAUCAUUUUUGUUUGUUGUUGUUGUUUUCUUUAGUUUUCUUCUAAUGAAACGAGCUGUAGCGACCUUUUCGUGCGAUGAGGUAUUGUUCUAAAAGUGUACAAUCAAACGUAUCGUGUGGAAAGUAUUCACAGAUCAAUUGAAAACAGCACAGUGAAGUGUCACUCUCUCUGUACCCUCCACCUCUCACAAACGAGUCGGCACAUUGUGAGGCUGUGAUGUCCGAGCCAGAUCUACGACGACGACGAUGAUGAUGAUGAUUCGGUGUCAGGAGAGGGAAUAACGAAACAGACCAGAGCACGGCCAUAAAACGCUUAUAGUGAUAAAACAGACGACUACAUGUCCAAAUACGUUUGAUAAACAUUUACGAAGCAACAAACUAGUUAAAAUGUUUUGGGGGUUUUGAACAAAAUCUCACUGGAAUGCUCACUUUUGACCUGUCUCUUUCUGUGUGCAAUAAGUAGAUGUAUUAUAUAUUUUUGUGUCAAUUCACUAGCUGCAGUUACACGCCGUUACCAGUAGGACGUCUAUAUAAUGUUGUGUCUUUUUUCCAGACACGAGGAUGUUUUCAUUCAGUCACAGUUUCAAAUGUAACGAGAGUUUUAUCAGUAAUCGGUAAUGAUGUCACCCUUUUACGAGUCACAGCAACCAACGAAUGAUCAUUCUUCAGCUGCAUCUAAGGAUUAUUUUGAUUUUAGAUUUCUAGUGCCUUAUAUUACACGCCUAUUUUGAUAACAUUACUUUAACGUUUUUUGUUUUUUUGUGUGUGUAUUUUGUGUAUGCCAGUGUGUAUGUUUAUGACUGAAUGUUUGGUAUCUUAUGUUAUGUUUUAAUAUGUGAAAGAACAUUGUCUAUUCUGUUUUUGGGCUGUGAAUUUAUAUAUACCGGUAUAAGGCUUUGUAGCCAAAAUAUCUACACAUUUGACUAUAACGUGAAGGUCAUCUCAACGCCAUCAGCUACUAGUAUCCUACGGUCGAGUUUAUGAAUCCACAGGUCGUCGUUGCCAUUUCAAAAUUAUCUUGACGCUGCACAUGGUUGUUGUAUUUAUUCUUUUUUUUUUUUGAAAACGUAAUUGUCGUCCACACUUGGCAUUGACUGUGAGCUGGCUCAGUAAAAGUCUCAUUAAAGCAGCUAUGUAGAUCUGGAGCUAAAAGCAGCGCGUGGCAGUAAAUACGAAGAGGAAAUACGUUUGUCUGUCGUUCAAAAAUAUGGUUUAAUCUUGUGUACAUUGAAUUCAUUUUUGAGAGAAGUUCAGGUGCUACGUCUCCUCAUCCACAUCGACACACCCCCGUGAACACUGACUCUUUGUGUUGACAUCGUUUGAAUGCUGGUUUCACUUUGAGAUUUGGUCGCACCUGUUACAGACUUGCACUUUCUCUCUUUAUACUAUGCACUAUAUUAGCAUCUUAUUUUGCCCCAAAGGAGUUUUACUUGAACUCGGUACAGUCGGACCCUGAUCUGCUCAAGGUUGUGUAUAUGUAAAUACCACAGAGAGUAAGUGAAAAGCAUAAAUAAAUAAAUAAAUAAAUAAUAUAAAUACCUGAACAUAUGAAUGAAAUAAUAUUAAAUAUUAAAUACUAGAGUGAUAUAAUAAAACGAUGCACCUGAUGCACAGUUUAAGACACAGUUAAGUGCAAUACACAGCGUGGGUUUGUCACACCACAAAAUGUCUCACAACAAAAGUGUUUUAAAUCAGUAUUUACCCCCAAUGUAUUAUGUGGAUGGAUAAAACUGGAGUUUUAAAAUGUAUAAAAACAUAUAUAAAAAAAAUACUGUGUUAUUUGGAUCGGUUACCUCCAAUUGGUCUGUUAUUGUCAACUUUUUGUUGUUUUCUGCUUUGAGUCAACAAGUGCUUUUUUAUUUUUUCUUAUAUUGUUCUCAGAGCGUGUGGGAAACAAACAACGGGUCUGUAUGGACUUCUGUUCUUGUCGACACAAGUUUCAUUUGUUACAAAUAAACUCAAGUGAAAUACAUGAAA